CAUGGAAUCUUGUGUUAGUUCGAGAUUUAGUUACAGACCGCACAAGAGUUCGAAAACAUCAUAAAUCGUAUUGUAACGAAUGGGUAAUAAGUAGACUGACUAUUGUUGUCAUCCCGUAUUAUAUUAGACAUAUCCAGUCUUGGCUCGGAGUUGUUUGGAACAACACGUAAAAUCCCCAGGUCAAUAAAAAUUCUGUAUAAACGUAACAACUGGUGUCAGAAGAUGAUGCUGCAGAUUAAGGGUGAAGGGGACCAACAACAACAGAUGGUGCUGCAGAGGAAGGGUCAAGGUGAUCAACAACAACAGAUGGUGCUGCAGAUGAAGGGUCAAGGUGAUCAACAGCAACAGAUGUUGCUGGAGAUGAAGACACAAGCGGAGGUGCAACUGCAGCAGAUGAAGCAAGAUGCCAUGGAGAAGAGAAAAGAGAAAAAGGCCAACGUCGACAAGAAACUACAGGAUAACUCAGAAUCAGUUCAGCUUUUGGAUGAAGAGAUCAAACAGGAGAUCAGACGUCUUGAUGAGGGAAUUUGGCAUGUGGAUAAUCGUCUCGAAGAUCAGCUCAAAAACCCAUUCCGUCAUUUGGAAUUGGGUUUUCCUGUCAACAACAUAACAACAGCCAAACCGAAAUUGGCUACACCUAGAUUUGAUGGCACACCAACAUUUGGCGUUUUUACGCCACAAUUCGAAACGUCAGCGUCGAUUCCCGACGCAAACAACUUGAGUUACGAGGCUGUUAAGCGUGCCCUAGAGCGUGGAAUCAAUUAGCAAUUAGGCGGUCGAAAAAUAUAACGGAUCUGGCUAAGAAUACCCUCCGUUUCAAACUGCUUUGUUUGACAUUGGAAACAGUAAAUUAUUCGAAGCAUUAAUUAAGACCUUUUCAGUCUUAAUCUAACUACAUAUAUGUAUGGUCUCUUACCUUCUGCACUUUGUGCCUUAAAUCCUGCAGGUAAUCGCGGUGAUCUUCAGCCUGCUCGUGAGCUGUGUGAUAAAAAACCAACCAGC